AUGCUCAAUAAUACCGACCUUGACAAACAGCCAAUCGUAUCCAAUCUCGAUGGGGAGUCGUUACUUCCUGCAGAUGUACAUGACAUUACGGAAGAAGGAUCCGAUAUGACACGUGAUAUUUUCUUUGCUAUUCUUAAAGACACACAGGACGGUCCACCACGUCCAAAAUCGUUACCGGAUCACAGUGAUAUUCUUCACGAGGACAUUGGUAAAGCAUCGGACAUUGCACAACCCGGAGGAUUUCGUCGAGAUCACGUGAUUACGAAUCUUGGAGGCAAUAGUCCACACGUACCGAUUUACGUCCAGGACUCAUUUUUAGAGUCCAUUCAGCCGACUCCAGGCUUUCUACAGUCUGCAUAUGGAGACUUUAUUGUCGCUACUCUUGAUCGUGCAGCCGACGAUGACGAUUCAGAUGACAUAGCUACACCGUUGCUUAGUCGUGCGUGGAAGCGCAGACCCGAGAAGCAGCAGCCUGGCGCGAGCGUUGGAAAAACAGUGUUUACGAUCCUCAAAUCGUUCAUUGGCAGCGGCAUCUUGUUCCUGCCAAAAGGUUUUCAGAAUGGAGGCAUGCUGUUCUCACUGGCGGCAUUGUGUGCCUCUGCCAUCUUGUCAAUCUUUUGCAUGUUACGUCUGACUGCCUGCUCCAAUGCUGUGCGUAAACGGAAUCGGAGCAGCGUGUCAUAUGGUCUUAUUGGCGAAAAAGCGUUCGGCAAAGUUGGUCGCGUGGCUGUGAAUAUCUCGCUCGUGCUCUCGCAGAUUGGUUUCUGUUGCUCGUACUUGAUCUUUGUGGAAAAGAAUAUCGGUGAAGUCAUUUUGGCUGCCUUUGGUAUCCAAAGAACUACAGCAUCUUCGUCAUUGACGCUCAUUAUGCUCCAGAUCUUGCUAUACACGCCUCUGACGUGGGUGCGUCGCAUCGAAUACUUUGCACUCACGAAUUUGUUUGCCGAUCUCCUCAUCCUAUUUGGCAUCGUCUACAUCAUGUCUUAUACGAUGCAAACGCUUGAUGAAGCGCCGGUUGGCAGUGCUACGUGGGAAAAUUUCAACUCGACGAGCUGGGCCAUGCUAUUGGGUACUGCUGUGUACUGCUUUGAAGGCAUUGGACUGGUAUUGCCGAUCUAUGACGCUAUGGACGACGAUAUAAGGCAUAAGUUCCCGCGUAUUCUUUCUUACACUAUGUUGUUCCUCGUCACUCUCUUCUCGGUCUUUGCUGGACUCGUGUACGCCGCGUUCGGCCAGGACACGCAAUCCGUCGUCACGCUAAACCUACCCAGCGCUCAAGAUAGCAUUGCUACCAUGACUGUUCAGAUCACGUAUUCGCUUGCACUGGUGCUCACGUACCCACUCAUGCUGUACCCAGUGGUUAAGAUUCUGGAAGGCUACCUAUUCUCUCAUCACAGUCAGAAGGGUUACUGGCGCUGGGAAAAGAAUGGCUUUCGGUUCGCGCUGGUGUGCUUUACUGCUGCUAUUGCGUAUUUCGGCAAGGAAGAGCUAGACAACUUUGUGGCCCUCAUUGGUGGGUUCUGCUCCGUGCCGUUGGCUUUCAUCUACCCAUGUCUAUUCCACUCCAAGCUUUUAGACGAGGGCCGCACCUUGGACAACAUUGUCAUCGGAAUAGGCGUCUUCACGAUGAUCUUUGCUACGUCUCAGGCCUUGUCGACGUGGAAUUAG